CAGCAGUGGUUGAAGCAACAGUUUCCUCUAGCUCCAAGACUUCCAGGGAGCCAAGAAAGAUCCCCUAAUUCCCCAUCACAGUCAUGGACAGCCUCUUAAUGAAUCGUAGGAAAUUCCUCUAUCACUUCAAAAAUGUAAGAUGGGCUAGGGGUCGUCACGAAACCUACCUGUGUUAUGUUGUGAAACGUAGGGAUAGUGCUACCUCCUUCUCAUUGGACUUUGGCUAUCUUCGCAACAAGAAUGGCUGCCAUGUAGAAUUGAUCUUCCUUCGAUACAUUUCUGCCUGGGACCUUGAUCCUAGCCGAUGCUAUAGGGUAACAUGGUUCACUUCGUGGAGUCCUUGCUAUGAUUGUGCCCGGCACGUCGCCAACUUCCUUCGCUGCUACCCUAACCUAACUCUUCGAAUCUUCACUGCCCGUCUCUACUUCUGUGAGGACAAGAAAGCUGAGCCAGAGGGACUUCGACGUUUGCACCGGGCUGGGGUCCAAAUUGCUAUCAUGACUUUCAAAGAUUAUUUUUAUUGCUGGAACACCUUUGUGGAAAACAGAGAGAGGACCUUCAAAGCCUGGGAAGGAUUGCAUGAAAAUUCUGUUCGUCUGUCUCGACAACUCCGGCGUAUCCUCUUGCCACUAUAUGAGAUUGAUGACUUAAGAGAUGCUUUCCGUACCCUGGGACUUUGACACCAGCUUCAAUAAGAUCACACAGAGUGAUAUAACUAGAGACAAUGAACCCUCCCUCCCUCAACCUCUCCUUUCCAUGCCUAAAGUGACAUGUUUGAUCUCCAUUUUCUCCUUUCCUUUCCCCUUUGUUUUUUAUGAAUUCAGAAGAAAAAAUACUUUAAACUCCUUUAUGAUAUCUUGAGAAAAGAAUAGACAUAUGCUUCUUGCUCAAGACCACAAAAUUUUGUUCAUUCCUAUUUCUCCUUCUCCCUCAACCCUAUUCCUUACAACACUUCCUUGUAGAAGAUUCUUGAACUGGUGGAUGAAUUCACCCACCAAGAAUCUACUACCCUGGUAACAUCAGCUUUGGGAUAUGCUGAAGUGACGAAGGAUGAGGACGUUCUCAACAUUCCCCACCCUGAAUCUUCUGGCCAGGAGAAUUUUUCAUAAUUUGUUCCAGUUGAAUUUUCAGUGAUCUCACUGAUGCUCCUUCUAACUUUUUGCCUUGAUAACGUGAUGCAAACUUCAAUUAAGGCAGAUUGCUGUAGGGACGCUCCUUUUUCAGACCUCUCUAUGAGAAAGGUUGAAUAACUCUAACCUUAAACCUUCUUUUCAAAGCAUUAAUAUCUGUGCAGUGCUGUAUUUUAGCUUUGUAUGACGCAUAUGUUUAUGUUUGUAAAUAAAGUAUUUUUAUGUAUGGGAUGUACUUAGUAUUUCCCUGAUUUAUCCAAGUAAAUUUCUGGUAAAUGGCUUUAGUACUCAGAAAAUGAUGAACUAAAUUGUAAUUUCUGAGAUCUCUUAGGGAAGUUAGGACUCAAAAUCAUCACAAUGCAGUGAUUCCCCCAACUAAUGAAUUCCUAGGAAAUAAAAUUUCUCUUAACAAAGUGUCCAGUUUAAACCAAUGGUGUUAAACUCAAAUAGAAGCAAGUGCCACUAAACUACCUUAUGGAUCCCUCCAGGCUGUGUAUUGACUUAGAA